CGGCUGUAAACUUGUGCGUGUCACUUACUGAGCAUCUGAUGCACAUAAACAGACAGGGAAAACAGCUUUGGUUAACAUCUCCUACUCAGGUCAGUCGUAGCUUCACGUGCGGAGCAGAGACGAGCGAAUUGUGUGGAGAGCGGGUCCUCUAGGAUCAGCCCAAGCACUGGCCAUGGGGUUACUUCGCCAGUUUGGAUUACUACUUCAACGAUACCUCAUCAUCCGCAAAAGACAACCAGUGAUAUUGGUGUUAGAGGUAUUAUGGCCCCUGCUAACGUUUCUGGUGGUGGCCGUUGUGAGACAAGGCGCGUUACCAGUGAGCAAGCCAAACUGCCAUUAUGCAGAGCGUGCCUUGCCCAAUGCUGGCAUGUUGCCUUUUGUACAAACAUAUGUGUGUAACAUGAACAACGAGUGUCAGACGGAAGCAGGACAGGAAGCAGCACGACAAAGGAGAGAGAACUUGACAGGACUCAUUGAUGACCUCGGGCCUCGUCUGUCUAAUCCUAAUGUCACAAAUGCCCUCAAAUCGCUCAGAAAUGCAACUGUGUUUAUGAAGGCAUUGGAUAAAAAUCUGAAAAACCAGACUUGGCUUUCAGAUUAUAUGGAGAAUGGCAUUCCAAUACGAGAACUGUUACGGAACCCAGAUGAACUGAGAAGGAAUCUGGUGACGAAGAACAGAUACUUGGAAGGAGACGUCUUUGAUACCAUACUGAAUGCAUCUCUGAGUUUUAAUGGGAUUGUGAGCUACUUGGGAGACUUUAACGGUACAGCUGUUUUAUGUAAUGCCACAAAGUUGAAGCAUUACCUUUAUUUCGAGGAGAGGGCCGAUGUUGAGGCUGUCACUAGAGACCUCUGUACUUUGAACACGACAGACUUGCCAGAGCUGAUCCAGGCUCUACAGAAUCACUUGGAUGUUGUAAAGAUCGUCAAAUUGUUGUCAAGAGUUUCUGGGAAUUACACAUUACGUAACGGGUUUAAUGACAUGAGCUUGUUGCUGGAUCUGAUUUUGAAUAGCUCAGCUGUAAAGGACCCACAUCUGUUCCAAAUGGUUGAUGUUCUGAAGAGUGUGCCGGACUGGAUUGAGAAGUUUAAGGCUUUACCUGAAUCAUACACAGACGUCCUUAAAGAUAUAGUCAUGGAAUUAGAUCCCAUCAUCAAAGGCCUGAGCAAGAAUAACACGGUUUGGGCGCACAUCAAGGAAGGUCUUCUUAUGGUUAAUGACUUCAUUCAGAUGUUCUUUGGAGAAAAAUCUGUGGCUGUGAAGCAGUGGUUUGUGGACUGGUCGGAGGUGGAGGAAUUGCUGAGGAGUGCAAAUGUGUCUGAGGACAGCAUCAGGUCACUGAUGAACGUAAAAGUCUCUCUUGAGCAGCUCACACCUUACUUACUCAGCAAAGACGCGAAGGACCUCAAGCAGCUGUUGUGCGUUAGGAAUGGUACUGCCUACAUUGCUGUUAUAUGUGAUGAAAAACGCAUCAAUGAAGCAGUUAUGAAGGAAUUUGUAGAGCUCAUCAGCUUGUCCAAGUUUAAAGGGCAGGCGUUGGAAGCCCUCAACAGUAGGAUUGUGCCGGUGGAGGAUCUUUUAAAGCAGGGGAUCCACUACUUGAACAUGGUGCUUAAUAUACCACAUCUGAUGGACACCUUGGGAGCUGUGACCUCUAUAAAUCUGCAGGAUACUCUGAGAGCCCUAGAAAUGGUGUUAUCAGGAAACACGACUGAACAAAAUGUUAUCAGGAUGCUGUCUAGUUCACUGGGAGGUCUGGACCGUGCCCUGAAUAUCCCGCCCUAUGCUAACGUAACCCGCAUUCUGAUGGGCAUAGCAGACACCUGCCUUUCAGCUCUCACCGAAGCCAUCACAACCUUCACAGAAAUGGAAAAUGACCUCGCAAGAUUCAUCACAGGAGAGGUUAACCUGAUGCCGUCUGUAAAUGAGCUACUUGCCUUAGGACCACAGGCCACCAAAUCUGUUCUCCAGGCAUUCACCGAUCCAGGCAAACUACAGAUGUUGCUGAACAAUAUUGAAAAUCUGCGAGCAGUUUACUGUGAUGGGGACAGACUUUCCUGGUUCCUGGACAUGCCCAGAUCGCAGACUCUAGAUGGAUUACAGGAGAUUUUCUGCACAGACAAUGUCACUGAGAUCUCCCACAACUUACUGGCAGGGUUACACCUGGAAGAGUUGCAGCAUAUAUUCAAAAAGGGAAUGGAUGAGAUAGACAGUUACCUCCAGGGGUUGAAAGAUCCGAGAUCCUCCCAGUUCAAUGUCUCCGAAUUGCUGUGGAAGUCUCUUACAUUUUACAACAGUGUUAAAGCAGCAGAACAGACAGCGGUGAAUGACUGGACAUUGCUGGUAGACAAUCUCACAAGUAUUAACCUGCACACCGAAGAAUGGAGUCAUGUGUGGAUGGACUUUAGGCCACAGGUUUGGACUGCAGGGUUUGCCGUUGCAGUGGAGACUUGGGGUCCAGUACUAGAAGAGAGCAACCUGUGGCCGAUUGUUGGACGGUACUUUCGUGUUGCUGAGGUAGUCAUGGAGGAAUAUAUGGAUCAGAUGACAGCUAUGACUGAUUUAUUUGGAGGAAACUCUGCCAUUGGUCAGAUUACAAUGGACGUUAUGAAAUAUUUCCCAGAGAUGGUGGGAGGCGUUCUGUCAGUAGCAGAGAACCCUGCAUUUAUCACACAACUGGUGAACGCUGGGAAUCUGAGCUCAGUACUGUGUAACCCACACCAGCUGAAGACCAUGAUGACCAUCCCUGAUUACGUCCCCUUGGAUGAGAUGCUCACCAACAUCUGUAGCCUGGAUUUAGACCAGAUGAUGCAUCAGGCUAUGGCAAUUUACAACUUCAUGGGUCCUGACAUGUUGCGAAAGAUUGAUGCCUUGCUGAAGAAUGACGGAGGUAUUGGCACAGCGAGAGGAUUUAAUUGGUCACGAAUGGUAGAGGAUGGUUACAAGCUGUACAAGAUGGUACUGGAUCCUCUUCAGUACUCAGGAAUGAUUUCACUUAUUGAGAAUAUAUCAUUAUCGGAUUUGGACCAAUACUUGGAGCGCUUUGAGCACUUGGAUGGACAAGAGUUUGCGAGACUGGCUGCCUUUGUGGUAAGUUACGGCUCACAGAUUGACAGAAUGUUUGGGAACAACCCCACAUGGAAGUUGGCAAAAUCAUAUAUACUUAUGGUGGAGCAAUAUCUGGAAACAUUCAAUAAAAAUGGAUUUGAACUGACAGUCUCUGACAUUUUCCCAAAUGCAACCAAACUGAACAAGUUAGUGAAGUCUGUGGGUGGAGUUAUACCAGACCUGAUGGAAGCUUUGAAAAACAUGCUCCUACAUCCUUACAAGUUAAGUGAGAAGCUGCUGUCCAUGAACCUUGCUAACCAGACUGUAUGUGAUGGCUUGAUGGUUAGUUCAUUACUCGACAUAGAGAACCCAGCCAGUGUCCAGGCUUUAGAACAUGAGCUGUGCAGCCUGGACUGGCUAGAGCUGUCACGCGAAAUGAAUGGGAACCCUGCACAGGAGCAUCUGAACUGUGUGCUUGUCGCUCUCUACCUUGGUAAGCCUAUACCAGACGUCAGCCUCAACUGGACCCGAAUCACCCAGAAUGUCUACACCUAUGUCAGCAUCCUCUUCUCAAACCAGACCAUGGCUUUUCCGGACUUGCAGGGAUAUGGCGUGAAUCUGACAGCUAUUCAGACACGCUUUGAGGAGUUGGAGAAUGCCUCUCGGGUGUUCAGCAAUGCAGACAAGGCAACCGAAUUGUCAGCAGGCCUUUUUCCCUUGAUGGAGAUGUUAGCAAACAAAGACCCAUCUCUUGCUGCUGUUUGGAAAAUGGAGAAAAUAUAUAUAUUCAUCAUUAACCAGUUUAUUAAGCUGGUUAAUGAGAAUUUACCGAGGUUCCAAGGCAAAGCUGAAGUAAACCUGCUCCAUUUCUUGGAUUCUGAAGAGCUUGAUAAGAUUGCCAUGGCACUGUCGGCCUCUCCAGACCUUGUUCAUGUUCUUCUGGACACUCUGCUGGACAUCAUGCUCGAUUCAUCCAAGGCUGCCAAGUUUGGGAAUGUGCAGGAGCUGAUGCGCGUGUGUUCUGAUCCUGUCGUCUUUAAUUACUUCUUCCCGGAAUCUGCUCAUGUCCAGCUGGACAUCCGUGGGACGAUCUGUAACGCAUCCCUUGUGAACAGCACAAAACUGGUACAGGAGCUGGAGAACAGCAUUGGAGGCCUCAGUCAGAUGGUACAGGCGAUUUCACAGGUUAUACAGCCAAAUGUCAAAUUCUCGGACAUUCAUGUAAACAUGUCAGAGGUAAGUAAGAACAGUGACCAGUUUACAGCGAUGAUCAUGAAGUUGGUGAAGAACCCACCGAGGAUAGAUCUGGGCCUGGGAAUGCGCUGGAUGAACACCAGCGUGUGGAGCAGUCUUCUGGAUACCUAUGGGGACAAAUUCCUGGCAGCUUUCCAGAGAUAUGAAAACAUGAGCUACGAUGAUUUGUUCAACCUCACCCUAGCCAUAGUGGAGCAGCAACUGAUACAGUUAGUUGUAUUCCCCGAGUUUAACGAGGCCAUGGCAAUCCUUGGGUACACAGCUCAGCAGGCAAUACGAGCCAUGGAGACACUUCUGGGCAAAGCUGAAGUAAACCUGCUCCAUUUCUUGGAUUCUGAAGAGCUUGAUAAGAUUGCCAUGGCACUGUCGGCCUCUCCAGACCUUGUUCAUGUUCUUCUGGACACUCUGCUGGACAUCAUGCUCGAUUCAUCCAAGGCUGCCAAGUUUGGGAAUGUGCAGGAGCUGAUGCGCGUGUGUUCUGAUCCUGUCGUCUUUAAUUACUUCUUCCCGGAAUCUGCUCAUGUCCAGCUGGACAUCCGUGGGACGAUCUGUAAUGCAUCCCUUGUGAACAGCACAAAACUGGUACAGGAGCUGGAGAACAGCAUUGGAGGCCUCAGUCAGAUGGUACAGGCGAUUUCACAGGUUAUACAGCCAAAUGUCAAAUUCUCGGACAUUCAUGUGAACAUGUCAGAGGUAAGUAAGAACAGUGACCAGUUUACAGCGAUGAUCAUGAAGUUGGUGAAGAACCCACCGAGGAUAGAUCUGGGCCUGGGAAUGCGCUGGAUGAACACCAGCGUGUGGAGCAGUCUUCUGGAUACCUAUGGGGACAAAUUCCUGGCAGCUUUCCAGAGAUAUGAAAACAUGAGCUACGAUGAUUUGUUCAACCUUACCCUAGCCAUAGUGGAGCAGCAACUGAUGCAGUUAGUUGUAUUCCCCGAGUUUAACGAGGCCAUGGCAAUCCUUGGGCACACAGCUCAGCGGGCAAUACAAGCCAUGGAGACACUUCUGGCUAGGAACAGCACAAGCUUGAAGGGCUUCCUCACAGAUUAUCCUACCAUAGAGAGAGUGAUUGAACUGUCUAACAGCCUCCCCCAGAUCUUAGCCACCCUGACGUAUACCAACUCCUUCAACCCACUGGCGUUGAGCAGCAUGUUGCAGACAGUGGACAGCUGGCAUAGUUUUUGUGCCCAGAAUAUAUCCCGCUUCAUCCAGAAUGUCCCUGGCCUGAACUUUGACAUAUCAACUUUCCACUCUGACCUUUGUGACCUGAACAUGACCCAGCUGAUAGCUGAGGGUCAGGCCUUCAUGGGAACCACAGACCUGAUGACCUCUCGGCCAAUUCUAAACCUCACCUAUGAUUGGGCGAGCAAUGUGAGGACGAUGCAGGCGGCAGUUCAAGGCUCAGGCAAACUGUUGCGCCUAUACCUACGGGUGCUGGAGAAACCUCCACUCCAUUUACAGAUGGUCUUCACCUGGCUGAACAAAACUUUAUGGGAGACGACAUUUGGGAGGUUAGGUCAGCAGCUAGCAGACCCAGGAACUACUCUCAGAAUGUUGGAGGGUCUUGACCAGUUGACCCCAAUCCUGGACAACAUCAGUCGCACUGACCGCUUCUUCGGAUACGUGUGGAAAGUCCAGAAGAUACAGACAUAUGUUCUGAAUGAAGUCAUCAAACUGGCCAACAAAAACCUCCCACGACUUGAGGGGAAAGUGAAUUUAUUGGAUUUCUUCCGAUCGGAAGAACUCGAAAAGAUUGCUACAGCUCUGAAAGCUUCACCAGAGAUCAUCAAACUAUUGUUUGAUACAUUCUUGGAUAUUAUGGCAGACCCUACAAAAUCAUCAAAGUUCUCGGACCCCCAAAAGUUAGCUCAGGUGUGCUCUGACCAAGGAGUGUUCAGGAACCUGUUCCCUGCGGCCAUUACCUUACAGGUGGACAUCCAGCGAGUGAUAUGUAACCUGACUUACAUCAACAGCACGCGGCUCAUAUCAGAACUUCAGGACGGUGUCUACGGGCUCAGUCAGAUGGUGCAAGCGCUGACAAGAGUUGCUAGCCAAGACGAGAUAAACAUGUCGUACAAGGCCAUGUCUAAGAAUUACGAGCUGUUUGUGGAGAUACUGACAAACCUGAGCAGAAGUCCACCCCAGGUGGAGUUGGGCUUAGGCAGGGAGUGGGACAAUGCCUCCCGCUGGAACAAGUUGUGGACAGAGUUCAGUGAGGAAUUCAUCAACAUCUCCAGACGUAUGGAGGCUCUCGGAUUGGAAGAGGUUGUCACAAGUUUGCUCCCAGUUCUGGAGAAACAGUUUAGUCCUCUGUACCAGAGCACUGAAUUCACAGCUGUUAUGGCCUCCAUUGAUAUGUAUCUGGCAUCCACUUUGAGGGUGCUAGAAGUGAUGGACGCUAACACUACGGCAGAGCUGAUGACAAAGUGGUCAGAGUUCCCAGAAGUGCACAAGUUUUAUCGACUGCUGGAUCAAGUACCCUACCUCCUGAUGUCACUGCUGGAUCCAAGCGCUGGCAACGCUGUGAGACUGGUGACUGAGGCCUAUGCUACAGUGAAGACGUUUGAAGAGUUCUGUUCUGUAGACUUUAACCUUGACACAGUCUUUCCUGGUUUGCCCAACACAGAUAACUACAGCCCUGACACCUUCAAACAGGCACUGUGUCGUGUCAACUACACAGUACUAGGAGUAGAAGUGAUGCAGUUUCUUGGCACACAUCUUCCAAAUUAUACAGCCAUUUCAGAAACAAUUUUGAUUGACAACACUACGUACCAUGUGUUCUCGGGGAGGCUGACCUAUGACGUGACAGUGUCAGAUGUGAUUAGCAAACUGGUCAAGGUGGUGGGUGCUGUCCAGAGUUUGGUUCAGCACCCAAUCACGUUCAAUGCCUUCCCUCUCCUCAACGGUGCUGUAUGGGACAAGUGGUUUGUCAAAAUGGCUGCACCCUAUCAUUAUAACAAUUUACAAAAUUUGUUAGACAUGGCUUUGUCUCUUCGCCCAACACUGCAGUCAAUACUAACCAGUCCUAUUGGUAGAGACGUGAGCCCAAGCACAUUACGUGGACUAGAGGGUCUGAUCAACUUCCUCUCUGAUUUCAUCAAGAUGCUUGAAGUGGGUAAACUGCCAGAUGUGUGGAAGUCUUAUGAGAAGUUGCCAUUCUUCCGUAAUCUUGUCCAGUUAUCCAACAUGGCCCCAGAUGUGUUGGAUGUAUUUCUUGAGACCCUGAUAGACCCUGUCAAGGGUCAGCGACUGAUGGGGCUUAUGGCCAACCCGAAUUCCACCCUGGAGACUUUCUGUAACUUGACCAUGCCCAAACUGGACUUCAUUUUUGUCAUGCCUGCCAAUUCCUCCAUGUCAUUGGAUACAGUACAGUCUCUGAUUUGCUCUCUGGAGAUUUUCUCACUGGGAUCGCAGCUUGUAAACAUCACCAAUACAGAGUAUAAAUUCAUCAGCGACUUGGUUCUCGGCUCACAAAAACCUACGGGUCAACUCCUCAAUAUCACAGACUUUCUGAAUGACUUGGAUUACCUGCAGGCUGCGUUAAGCAACAUCACGCACAACCCGCCAAACUCUCGGCUCUUCCAACAACUCAAUAUCACAGACUACUUUCCAUUCUACAGCCUGUUUCUGGAGGAAACCUGGAAGCCGUUCUUUGAAAAAAUGUCUGCCAAGAUGACGACCAACCCUGCCAGCAUAUUUGACAUGUUGAAAGCCUUGAAGCCUGUGCUGGGUGCCACACUUCAGAAUGGUGAUGCCAGCCAAAUUUCUGUACUGAUCGGGUUAGAUGGGGCCAUGACCUACCUCACAGACUACUUCACAAUGCUACAAGAAGGGAAACUGGCUGAUCCUUGGGAGGUAUUCAGGGGGGCGCCAAGUUUGCAGAAGAUGUUCACCCUGCUAGACCAGGCCUCAGAGAUUCUGGAGAUUCUCAUAGAGACCAUGAUGUCUCCGACCAAGAGUCAGACCUUCAUGUCUCUGUUUGCCCAACAUCCUAGGCUAGUAUUCCAGACUUUCUGCUCAGAACCUGACGUGGCCGUGUAUUUUGAGAAACCUCCGGGAUCACUGGUUGAUUUGGAUGCAGUUCGUCAGGCCAUCUGCUCUAUCAAAGUGGAGGAGAUUGUGGAGGAGCUGGAUAACUCAUCUCUCUCUACCUUUAACUUUGUGUCCAGGAUGCAGCUGCCAGGGAACCUCACGCUAGAUGUGGACAAAUUUUACCAGCAUUUGGAGGAGUUCCAGGUGGCUUUUAACAAUCUAGCCCUGAAUCCACCAGACGCAGCCAAGUUCACCUCUGCACAACUCAACAUUCUCUUUCCCUUCAUGGGUUUGUUUGACCAGCAACGGUGGUCACAAAUGUUUGACCGGGUGUAUGGCCGCCUGGCCUCCAGAGCUGUUGACCCAUCAUGGUAUGGUGAAGUAUACAGUGAGCAGCUGUCCCAGCUAUUGGGCAUGUUACCCUCUGAGGACCAGGGAUUGGUUAGGGUCAUGGACAUUAUGAUGGAGAUAUAUGGUGUGAUUCUAGACAAAUCUCUACUGGUCACAGGCAAGACAAGUUUCCGUCUGGCUGACCUGUUCCCAGCCUCCCCUGCAAUCCAGCAGCUGGCGAACUUCCUGGACAGCUCACCUGAGCUUGUGGAGAUGAUUCUGUCUUCAGUAACCACACCUCAGUUUGCCAACCUGUACACGAUGACGUUAGACCAGGCAUUACGGGAGAUCUGUCAGCGACCGGAGAGCUACUUCACCCUUUCCCCUGAGUCCGGUAAAACUGUGGAAGAGUUGAUGUCACAGUUCUGCACUAUCAAUCUGACUGCCCUGGCCAGAGAGUUUGAGGAAGAGCUUCACCUGCCAAGUCUUAUACAUAUGUCCAGUAACAUGACGUUUAACCUGACAUCUUACAUUCUGAUCACCGUGAGGCUCAUGAAUUCUACCUGGACAAGAGAGCCCUUCCCCAUGCUGAUCUUUGACAGGUGGACAAACCAGUCAUUCUGGAACAACGUUUUCACCAGAUACUCACAGAUGAUCAGCAGCCCAACUCAAGAAAUUGAGUUGCUCUUGAAGUCAGUCUUACCGAUGAUCCUGCCGGCAAAUGACAGCUCGUUCCAAGCUGUGGCUGUGGUUAUUGAGGAAGUGACACGGGUCAUUAAUGCCAAGCUGACAGAGCUAACCAACGGCACUCUUAGCCUUGACACCUUGUUUGACGAUGCUCCCAGGGUGAAGCGCUUAUUGGAGGAGUCACUGGGUAUUGCUCCAGAUCUGCUACAUGCCCUGUUCUCUGCCACCAUCUCCCAGCCGGACAAACUACUGGAACUUGUCACCACUCCCGACUGGAAGGCGGGGAUCUGUGGGCAGCCAGGCGCCCUCCAGGCUGUCUUCAGUCUACCUGCGACCAUCAACUCCUCCGAGGUGCAGCGAGUUGUCUGCUCGGUCAACGAGACCCUGCUGGCCAGGGAUGUCAUCCACAUGCUUGGCAUCGACAGAAUCCAAACCAAGUUGCAACAACUGCAUGACGGCAAACUGGUGAUCAACUGGGAGGAGGUGUUUGCUCAAUCUAACCAGCUUUAUGCUGCCAUAGCCAGGCUGAUCCGUCACCCUCCCCGCAUACAGUUCCCGGUCAUCGACAUGCAGGCCCUGGACAAACUGGCACAGAGUAUACUACAGAACCUCAAUGACCCUAACAGCGGCCUUGUUAACCUGGUCAAGGUGUUGAAUGUCCUGGACAAGUAUCUCAAUGGAACAGAAGGCUGGGCAUUUGUCACUAACUACUACAGAGCCUCUGAAAUCCUGCUGUCCUACAUGAACCACAUAGUGGGCAUGCUGACCCAGUCAGGACGGAAGGUAGACCUGGCUAGUCUGUUUGGAGGGUCUCCUCACCUACGCAGGCUGCUUGACCUUGUCUUCCACCUGGGCCCAGACUUCCUCAAUGGCUUCCUGUCCGCAUCAGUUAAACCAGAAAUGAUUGCCAGCCUAGCCACGGGGAAGUUUGACCCAGCCACUCAGCUGUGCAGCGAGUCUGACAUGCGGCGAUACUUCAGCUUCCAUCCCUCCUUCAAUCUGACUUACGCCAUUGCUGCUCUGUGUCAGUUCAACAGUUCUCAGGUGCUGGCAGAGCUAUCCAACUUGUUUGAUAUCAGGACUUUAGGAGACCAGCUGGCAGGUAUAGGACAAGAUGGAGAGAAGUUUGAUCCCUUGGACUACAUCAGGCAAAUGCAGGAGUUCUCAACUAAUCUCGUCAGGCUGUUCAAAACAACAGGGUUCACCUUUGACAGUGUGGAUGUGAUCAAGUACAUGCAGUUCAAUGGAAGCAUGGAUGCUUUGUUGCAAAACUCAUUACUCAUGGCCAUAUCAAAGAAUGCUACCAGCUUUGCUGAACAACUUCAGCUGAUGAUGCCACUGAUAGAGAAGACAGAGUUUUGGAAGGCUGUACGACCUAUGCUGAAUGCUGUCAAUAUUCUAACAGAUGUUCUUAACAGGAAACUCACAGUUAUUGAAACUCAGCCCAUAACACUGGAAAACCUUCUGAAGAAUGCUACACACAUUAGACAGUUGAUGGAGAAAGGCUUUGAACUUGCUCCAGAUUUUGUCUCUUCAAUACUUCAGUCGACAGCAAAUACAACUGCUUAUUUGUCUUUAGUGAGCAGCAUUGCAGAUAUUCCAGACUUCUCCAAUAUGACGUAUGAUGAAUUGAUGAACUACACCUUCCCCACCCUCAUCACAGAGACUGAGAACUUCUGUCUGCUGGACAUGGUGAUUCUACCCCCCUGGGUGAACACCACGGCCAUGAGAAGUGUGGUGUGCACCGUCAACGCCACCAUCUUACUGCAUGAGCUCAAGCAGCAAAUCAGCUUUGACAAGAUAAUGGCAGAGUUAGCCAAAAUUGGACAGAAUAUCAGUGAACCCUUCAGCUGGAGACAGUUCUUGACCAACAUACAAACCCUGCAGGUGAAACUCGGCCAACUGCCCAAAGUAAACAUCAAUGUGCCCGUCUUCCCAGACUUCCUGGCUGCCUUAUUCAGUUACCAUGGAGACAUGGAAGGCUGGCUAACGAGACUAGAACGUGGUGCUUUUAAUUCUCCUUAUGGUUUUCUUGAUGGCCUCAAAGGCUUUCUUCACAGUGUCCUGAGUUCUGUGUGGGUUGGAGCUGUUACUGAAAGGAGUACACCCAACGAAACAGUGGUUCAAUUAAUGACAGCUAUAGGGAAGCUGUUGACACUGAUGGAGGGGCAGGUCAAAGCUGUGGAGACAGUGAACUUGAGGACAUUGUUCAAGUACAGUGAGGUGUCAGCUGAUCCGCAUGCACUAUUAUCUGGAGAUGCUGCUGUUAUUGACAAGUUCUUGGACGUGAACUUCCGACCAGGAAAGUGGGCAGAGUUGAGAAAUACCUCGUCCAAGGAUGUCUUAUUGUGUGGAAAUGUCUCCCAUCCCGACCAGGUGUUUGAACUUCCACCUGAUGUUGACCCUCGUUUAUUGGCCACGAUUAAUACAGUAUUCUGUGACCGCUCCUCCCCAGCUUACACCCAGUUCCAAGAUGCAAUCAGGACGUAUGAUUCCAACGGCUAUAUGGUGGACGUCUUAUCACAGGUGAUAGGAUCGCCAGUGUACAACAGCACUGAGAAUUACGCCAGUGUUGUGGAGAAGACCAUUGAUUUACUGGACUUGAUUUUGCCGUGGCAGUCACAAAGGGGUCAUGGGCUUUCCCCUGCCCUGACCCAGCUCCAAACAUUCUGGCAGAAACAAGCACCCAGGUUCAAUGCUAAGCUGUAUGCAGCAGGUGUGAAUAUCCUGCUCAGUCUGCUGGAGCGUGGGUCUGUGGCAGCUGCUGAUUGGUCGAGGGCAGGAGAUGGGGUCCGUCAGAUCGUGGAGUUUGUCACAUCCACUCUACACACUCUCACAGGUGACCCUGUUGACCUGUCCAGACUGUUCCGGGACAACUCUGCACUGGUCAGAUACAUCAACACCACACUCUCCUCCAGCACUACGUUCAUGCAGGCUAUGCUCCAGGGUAAAAUCAAACUAGACAAGUUGUUGCCCCUCUUGUCCCGCCCUAAUGGCCAGAGAGAAUUAUGUGAGAAGAGGAUGUUUGAGCAAGUGUUCAUGUCUGAUGUCAAUACAACUCAGGAGGAUAUGUACACGGCCAUCUGUCAAAACACCAGUCAACUUUUCCAUGGUCUCGCACAGAUCCUAAACAUUGAUGUUGGUGACUUUAUGGCCAAGCUGGUCCGUCUUUUUAACUCAUCUCUGCCUCCCCCCGUGGUGGACUGGGAGGGCCUGUACCUGAAGACAGACACUCUGGUGGGUAUGGUCACUGACCUAGCCUCACAGGACCCAUUGGCCUUCCUGGAGACGCUGGUACAGCAGUGGACCGGCAGCCAGAACAAUCUACUUCAGAUCCUCGACAGACUACAGCAUGGAGACCAUGAGCUGCUGUCUAACCUGGUGAUGAUGUGGGGGCAGAUUCUGGGACGUGCGGACUUCAAUCGUUACCUGUACCCAUUGUUCCAGUACCUGGAUGGACCAAUCUUACAGCAGGUAGCUCAGCAGGCCAAGAUGUUCAGAGAUUUAGUUGAUGGAAGUGCCAUGGAUGCCCUGGCUGCCUUUGUCAAUAUGGACAAACUUGCGAAAGAACAAGUGAGAGGAAUGGCCUCCCUGACCCUGAUACAGGACACGGUUUGCAAUGUGGAAAAACUUGGACAGGUGUUACCUAAGCAAUAUGAGAAUGCCUCUGUAGUGUCUAGAGCUUUGUGUGGUCAACCGGCAGAUUCCUGGUAUGAUAACCUGGCCAGUCUGGGCAUGGGACCCCUGGAUGUGAUAACAUUGUCGUCUGUGCUCCAGGGCUAUUUCUUCACACAUGCCUUCAAUGCUUCUGGUCAGAACCCACCGCUGAGUUCCCUGGAUUGGUCCAAAUUUGGUCAGCACCUCCAGGGAUUACUCACUGAUCUAGGCAUGCCCAUUUCAUAUACUGGGGGUACCUGGCAGUCAGUCCUCACUCAGGUGGGAAUGGGGUCUCUGCAAUCAUUGAUUAGUGUUGUCGACAUCCUGCGGUUUGCAGACCCCUUUAUCCCGCCACAAUACUUGAAUGAUGCCAAACAAUACAUCCAGGCUAUUUCGAACGUCUUCAGUGUCACUAAUGACCUCCUCGAUCAUCUAACAGCAUCUAAUUCUUCUCUGAAGCUGAUCAAGCUGUAUUCUGAAGGUGACAAAGCCAAGGCUAUGAUCCGGUCUCUACUGGGGGAAGAGUUGGCAGCUCAGUUCCUAACCGCCUCCGUGAAUGCUGGACAGUUGUUGACCAUGGUACAGGCAGGAAGUUUACGUUUUACAGUUUGUGACCAAGCCUCUUUUAAAAAGUCAUUUCAAUUUGAGGCUGGUGUGAAUUCAUCUGUCCUUCGAGUUCACCUGUGUGAGGCGGCCAAGUCUAACGCUAGUCUGGCAGAUAGGCUUGUUGAACUGCUGGAUGUUCAGAGUGUUGUCCAAGAGGGAAUGAAGAUGCAGGGUCCGUUGCGGAAUCACACUGUGCUGACAGGAUGGGAGCUGUGGAACUAUGCCAAACUCCAGCUGCAGAGACUGAAGGACAAAUUGGGUCAGCUGUGGAGGACCUAUGCUGUGGAGACAGACAGCCCUGAUAAGGGCAUGAGAGCGAUAGGGCACAUCCUACUGGGUCUGUCUACCAACUCACACAUGUAUAGUCAGAGCUGUCAAACAGUGCUUUCUCUGUUGGGGUCGCAUGGAACUCAGGUGAAACCUGUCCUGUCCAAAGUGAUGACCAGUCUACAGCUGUUACAAGAAGAGGUCAAGGUCACUGAAGAUUUUGAUCAAAUUGUGUGUAGUUUGCGAGGAAUGAAGUUGCAUGAGAUUGUCCGAAAACUGGCAGACAUCAACGUCUUCGGACUCAUUGAUAUGUAUGUCAACAUGAAUAGUCACAAUGAGCCCUUCACCUGUGACAGUAUGGGACAAUUGCUCUCUCAGCUCUUGACAUCAAAUCGAAGUCUUCCAGGGCUGUUCGGUGAGGAUUUCCAGCAUACAAGGAAGUGCCUGUGGGAACUACUGGAGCCCAGCAGUGAAGCCAUCAAAAACAUAGACUCUAUAUUUGGCCUGAUGUCUGAGGUGCUGGGGAUUUUAGACGACAACAACCUGGCCCUGCUGGGCUCAGCGUUGAACUCCUACUUGAAGCCUGUCAUUCCUUACAUAGAGCUGUUCUUCAAGGCGGCACUGGGGCAGCAGGAGGUGGUCAUGUCCCUCUCCAGCCUGCUGAAAAACCCCACCCAAGUGACAGAGGACCUUGUAGAUGUUCUCCAGAUUUCACCCCAGAUUAUACAAAACCUUUUCAAUUCCACCCUCAACCUGGACAUUGUUCGCAUUCUAAACAACUCUGCAGAUGCCAUUAAGAACAUUCUUUGUGAAUCUGAUGAGCUAUCUAAAUACCUGACGUUACCAAAGGAUGUGGACCUGACUGUGGAGACACUUAGCAUGGAGCUGUGUAACCAGAACCUGACAGAUGCCAUCCGUAUUGUACAGUCAGCCCUAGACGUUGGCCGCAUUGCCUUUGAGCUGUCCAAAGUCUCUCUGGGUAGUGUAGAUGUGAACUGGUACAGAGGUUUGGCCACCCACAUCUCCGGCCUCAUGACAAACAUACAAGGACUCUCAGAGGUCUUCAAAGUGUUCACAGCAUCAAAAGUCAACUGGGAUGAGGCUCUUCCUGAGCUCCAAAGAAUAUUGAAGACCAAGAAACCAGAGCAAGUUAUAAACAGUGUGGAUCUCAUCAUACAAGAUUUCCAGGCUGUGACCUCUGACCCAGAAGGGAAUAUGGUCUUCAACACCUUAAGGCUUGUUAACAAGGGGCUGGUGGCUUCAGACCUGUUCAGCUUGUUGUUUAUUCCUGACAUUAAGGACAUGAUUACUGACCCGGACUCGUUCAGGCGCUACAUGAUUAAUGACUUACACUUCACCCCUGAAGUUGCUGAUGCCAUUCUGACUGCCGAGAUGUCUGUCAUGAGCAAGGAUUUGGUUCACAACUUGACCGAGAUAGUGUGCGACUAUGAGAAGCUGGAAAAGAUCUUAGUGCUGGAUGAGCGACGAGUACCCGGGAUCACGGUGCAAAAUGUGAGUGAGGCUCUGUGCAGCCUGGACACAGAAGAGCUUGCCAAUGUCACACAGAUCGCCUUCAAAGCACUUGAUCUUGGGGAUAUCCUGCGCCAAAUCCUGUCGGUCAGCUUGGACCAUCUCCUGGCAGACUCUGGCCUGGACAUCAAGGAGAUGGAGGGGGUGUUUAAGGAGCUUCAGGAUGUGGAGGAUGACCUGCGGGAGAUGAGUGAGAAGAUGAAGGAGAUCAGUGCAGAGUUCAACCUCACUCGUGUUAUACCCUCUCCACAAGCUCUCACCAGUUCGAGUGGUAUUAAUAUCAUGAGUACAUUGCUGUGUGGGAAUAGCCUGGGGAUACGCGAUGAGUUUCAGCUGAGUGGUAUUGUGCAAAAUGAUGAUGAUGAUGAUAGUGCCCAGUCCUUGGUGAUGGAAAAUGAUGAACCAUCAUCAGAACAGGAUGUAGACAAAGGACUCUCAGAAAAUGAAAUGAGGGAAAUCUCCGCAAUGCCAACUGUGUUCUGUCAGGAUCUCUUGAGAACGGUGUAUAAGUCAACAGGCUCAGUGGGAUCCAUUCUGUGGACGUACUUAAAACCUCUUCUCCGUGGCAAGAUUCUAUACUGUCCCACAACAACUCAUAGCCAGACCAUAAUCAAAAAGGCAAAUGCAACUUUUGAGAUGUUGUAUAAUGUGAACAGACUGGCUCAUGAUUGGGCUGGAGGAAGUGAAGAUUUGAGGACAUUUGUCCUUACAGUCAAGCGACAGGAUAUCUUCAUGUCCCUGUUGUCGAGCCCUGAGGUGAGCAGUAUGAUAGAACAAAGUCUGGGUGUGUCAGGAGCAUCUGUCAGCAAGAACUUGGAGCAGCUCACCUCGAUGUCCGAGGAACAACUGGACAUUUUCCACUCAGUGGCCAAUUUGUUGGCCAACCUUACCGACUGCCUGAACUUUGACCGCUUUGAAGGACAGGACACGGCUAGUGAGAUGUUCAGACGCUCCGAAGAACUGACCAGGUCCAAGGAGAUGAUGGCAGCGGUGGAGUUUGAGUUCAUUGAUUCAGAGGUGAAGAGAAAGAAGAGAGCAGAGCCCACAAACGCCAUGCCCAAGAAUGUAGUCUACAAGAUCAGGAUGGAUCUAGAUAAUGUGCCCACCACUACCUUCCUGAAAAGGCCUGUUUGGCGACCGGUGCCAGAGGAUAACUUUGCUGAUGACCUGCGUUACCUGCGUGGAUUUGUGCAGCUUCAGGAGAUGAUAGAUCGUGCAGUGAUUGAGAUCCACACGGGAGACAAUGGUUCAUUCCCAGCCACUUACCUACAACAGUUCCCUUUUCCCUGUCAUGAACAAGACUUGUUCCUGCACUACCUGAGUUACUACCUGCUACCCCUGAUGAUGACCUUGGCUUGGAUAGGCUCUCUGGGGAUAGCCAUCAAGAUUCUGCUGUACGACAGGGAAACUGGCAUUGAGGAGACGCUGAAGGUCAUGGGCCUGAAGAGUGGGGUUAACUGGCUAGCCUGGCUGCUGAUCACCAUGCUCUUCAUGAUGCUGGUGGCCGGAUUGGAGGUUCUCAUCCUCAAGGUCUCCUCCAUCCUCCGCUUCAGCAACUGGGUCAUUCUGCUGGUCCUCAUCGCAGAUUUCUGCUUCUCCUCACUCAUGAUGUGUUACAUGGUCAGUGCGUUCUUCACACGUGCCAAUAUGGCUGCCCUGACCUCUCUGAUUGUGUACCUGUUGUCCUACUUGCCCUUUGUCAUGGUGACUGCUCUGGAGCAUGAGAUGACAUUCACAGAGAAGAUGCUGUCUUGUCUUAGUUCAACGUCAGCGUUCGGGUUUGCGUGUCAGUUCAUGUCACGGUUUGAGGAGCAGUUAGUGGGUAUCCAGUGGCACAACACCUGGCUUAAUACAGUGGAAGGUCAUGAUAUGAACUUUGCCUGGACCUGCAUCAUGAUGGCCGUGGAUGGGGUCAUCUAUCUCAUCAUCGGCUGGUAUGUCCGCAAUGUCAUCCCAAGAAAGUAUGGUGUACCAUUACCGUGGUAUUUUCCUGUUAGCCCAAGAUACUGGGGCUGUGGAAGCUCACCCAAGACCAAACUUCGGGCCACAAGAGGAAGAGACAACGGUUUGUCAACUGACCGUCAUCUGAUUGAGCACACACAUCAGGUCAACCAGCAGGACGUGGGGAUUUCCCUUCAGAACCUGACCAAAAUAUACAGUCGGACUCCAGCAGUCCAUCACCUGUUUGCCGAUUUCUACAAGGGGCAGAUAACUUCUCUCCUAGGACACAAUGGUGCUGGCAAAACCACCACAAUUAACAUGUUAACUGGAGUGAUUCGACCUACACAUGGCACAGCAUUUGUGAAUGGACUAGAUAUCUACACGAGCCUCGACAAGAUCCGGCGUGAUGUGGGAAUUUGUCCUCAGUACAACACACUGUUUGACUUCAUGACUGUGAAGGAGCACCUGGAACUGUUCAUUGGACUGAAGGGCAACUUUACGGGUAAAAGUGCCAAGGAUGAAAUUCACAGAAUGCUAGACUGUAUUGACCUGUAUGAUCAGAGGUAUGUCCCUGUAAGGCAGCUUUCAGGGGGCAUGAAGCGUCGACUCUGUGUUGCCCUUGCCUUUGUUGGUGGGUCAGACAUGGUCAUCCUAGAUGAACCGACCAGUGGUGUGGACCCCAGUGCUCGUCGAGGCGUCUGGGACGUCAUUCUACAUAACAGAUCCAAUCGUACCAUCCUGCUGUCCACCCAUCACCUGGACGAGGCAGACAUCCUCAGUGACCGCAUCGCCAUACUUCACGAUGGCCGCCUCCUCUGCUGUGGAUCCUCUAUGUUCCUGAAGAAACAGUUAGGGUCAGGUUAUCAUCUGACGGCAAUCAGUGACCCAGAGUCAUCUUCUCAGUCAAGCUCCUCGGCAAAAGAAUCUGAUGUGUCAGACACAACAUCCAGCCUGAUGCAGGUGAUCAGGAAGUACAUCCCUGGCGCUGAGGUUCAGGAGGAAAUGGGAACAGAGGUCAAGGUCAGCCUGCUAGCCACGGACGUCGAGAAACAGAACUUCCAGAGAAUGUUCACAGAGCUUGAUGAGCGCCUGCCAGAACUGGGCAUCAUGUCCUACGGAGUGUCGGGGGAAACAACCCUGGAGGAGGUUUUCUUGAAAGCAUGUUACCUUGCUGAUCAUGGGAAGUCAUUCACAUCAGAAAACCUGAGAACUUCUAUCACGGACAACCAUCUGCGAAGCAGUUUUGCCCUGAGCAGUAACAAGAGCAGCCACUCUGUUACAUCAGACCUGCCCACCUUAGUUCAUGAUUCAAAUCGAGUGAAGCGUUACUAUGGUCUGGGAUUGAAGCUGCAGCAUUUCAAGGCACUUUGGCUGAAGAGGUUCCAUCAUUACCGACGAGACUGGCGACUGCUCUUCACCCUCAUCAUCUUACCCAUGAUAUUUGUGGCUGCAGGGAUGGGAUUUGCCCUGAUCCAGAGGUCCCUGGACAACACUCCACCCCUUGUGCUCACCCCGGCUGUGUACGGGGAGGGACAGUUUGCCUUCCUAAAAAAAGACGUGCGCACUGAGAUGUUUGAUAAGAUGUCAGAGUCCAUGACCGGCAAGCCAGGCUUUGGGACUACCUGUAUGCCAGCUAUGAGAAAACAUACGUACAUCAAAGAAGACUUCCAGUGUGUGGCCAAUCCAGAUGAUCAUUACUUAGCCGGUGUUAAGGGAGACAAGCCAGUGAAAUGUGAAUGUGUGGACUUUCGGUACGAGUGUGAUGGUGAGCCAGACCGUCCCCCGCAGCGACUCACACAGACUGGGAUAAUUCUUCAGAAUCUGUCAGACGUCAACAUUGAAAAAUACCUGCUGGACAGCUUCCCUCAUUUCCGUCACAACAGGUACGGAGGCUGGUCCUACGAGGAUGGUGACAAAGCUAAAGUCUGGUAUAACAACAAGGGCCACCACGCCAUGCCAGCCUAUCUAAACACACUGUCCAACACAAUCCUGCGCUCCCGGCUUCAACCCACAGAGUACCCCGAGGAAUAUGGAAUCACCACAAUAAACCACCCAUAUACACUGACGGAUACGCCCUUGAGGAGAGACUCUGUGAUGCAGAAGGCUGGGGAGACUGGCAUAGCCAUGGUGAUACUGCUUGCCUUCAGCUUCAUUGUGGCCAGUUUUGUCAUCUAUGUUGUGGAUGAGAGAAUCCGCAAAGAGAAGCGUCUGCAGCACAUUAGCGGAGUUACUGCCCUUACCUAUUGGAGUGUGGCCUUUGUCUGGGAUAUGAUGAUAUUUGCUCUAACCGUCGGGCUAGCUGUUGGUAUCAUGGCCAUAUUCCGCAUCCCCAGCUACUGGGACAGAGACAACUUGCCGGCUGUUGUGAUUCUGUUGCUACUUUUUGGUGCGUCCACCACAAACAUGAUGUACAUGACUACCAAACUGUUCCACACGGCAGCCACGGCCUACAUGACCCUCUUCUGUGUCAACAUGCUGAUUGGCCUGAUCACCAGCCUGACAGUCUUUCUCCUCAGCUUCUUCACCCAAUACCAGGUAAUUUCCCAGGUGUAUGACAUUGUGAAGUAUGUCUUCAUGAUUUUCCCCCAAUACUGCCUGGGUGAAGGCUUAGUGCGUAUCACCAAGAACCAGCUGAUCACAAGUCUGUUCGCUCGAUUCGGGGAAGAUGUCUACAAGAAUCCGUACUCCAUGGAAUUCCUGGGAUGGUUUUAUGUUGCCAUGGCAAUCCAAGCAGUAGUGUUCUUCAUUAUCACGCUGAUGACAGAAAUCCGCACCCGGCCUCUGUUCAGGAACAAGAGACAGAAAGUGAACAUGCUGGAAGAAUAUGAUGUGAAGGCAGAGCGAGAGAGAGUGGGCAAAAGUCGACCCUCAGACCACGCGGUUAUGGCCAGCAACCUGUCCAAGCUCUAUUUACGUGGCUUGAAGAAGAUCAUUGCUGUGGAUAAUGUGUCAUUUGCAGUACAGUCAGGGGAGUGUUUUGGCUUAUUAGGCGUUAAUGGAGCGGGUAAAACAACUGUGUUCAAAAUGCUGAUCGGGGACACAGACCUAUCUGGUGGGGAUGCUUAUCUCAAUGGAAAGAGUGUGCAAAGUUUAUCAGGACAACAGAGACAGGCUAUGGGCUACUGUCCCCAGAGUGAUGCCCUGGAUGACUUUGUCUCCGGGAGAGAGUUACUCUACUGUCAUGCCCGACUGAAGGGUACCACUAGCUAUGAUGCUAAACAGAUGAUCAGCGCUCUUUCGAACAGUCUGUAUAUGGCCAGCUUCCUGGAUCAGGCCACGAAGACAUACAGUGGGGGUAUGAAGAGGAAACUGUCCCUGGCCAUUGCUGUCAUUGGCCGGCCAGAUGUCAUCUAUCUGGAUGAGCCUACAGCUGGUAUGGAUCCUGUCAACAAGAGACUGGUGUGGAACCUUAUCCUAGACCUGGUGAAAGGCGGCACCUCCAUCAUUCUCACCUCACACAGCAUGGCAGAGUGUGAUAUUCUCUGUAACAGACUGGCUAUCAUGGUCAAUGGAAGGUUUGUCUGUAUGGGAAGCCCACAGCAUCUUAAACACAAGUUCAGUGAAGGCUACAGUGUCAUCACCAAAGUAAAAGGCCCUCCGUCAAAUGCCCAUGUCGUGGUACAGUUCAUGGUAAACACAUUCCCUGGAACCCAUCUCAAGGACCAGCACAAUGGCACGCUGGAGUUUGCCAUUCCUCUGGAAAGUGCUCACCUUCCUAACAUCUUUGGCCACUUGGAGAGACAGAAGCACAACCUUGCCAUUGAGGAUUACUCUGUACAGCAGACGACACUGGAUGCGGUUUUCCUUCAAUUUGCCAAGAAUCAGACAGAUGGUAUAACUGAGUCGCCUGAUGGCAGUGUGACAGAGACAGAUUUCGCGGUGUCCACAUCUAAGCUACAGGCACACCUGGCACUCUCUGGGCCAUUUGUUAAUGAGUCCCAUGCCUUCAUGAAUCCACAAAUGAUGGGCAUGGCUGAGCUCCAGCCUGACCAAGGUUAUCUCUCCAAAAAUAGUCAGUCCAGUGUGUCAAGACAUAGUAGUAUGAGGUCAGAGAAAGGCAAGAUCAACCCCCUGUAUCCAAUGUUGGAGGUCGGUGACGAAGUGACACACCUGUAGGUCAGACUCCACCAGAGGUCACUAGUGAAGUGACACACCUAUAGUUCAGAUUCUACCAGAGGUCACUGGUGAAGUGACACACCUUUAGUUCAGACUCCACCAGAGGUCACUGGUAAAGUGACGCACCUAGAGCUCUGGUUCUCCCUUUUUUGUGAAAUUCUAUGUGUUUAUCAAGAGCUUUUUCUUAUGAGUACUUAUGCACCAAGACAAAGUUAUGAAGCUUGUAUGAAAUCAAGUAGAUACAGUAAGUACAUGUAUGCAUCAAUUUGAGCACAUGUGUACACGAAAUCAUUUCUGUAAAGAAACAUUUAAAAUUUUAUAUUCCUGGCCAUAUUUUUGGUGAAAAAUCUUUACUGGAACCUGAAAAUGUUUUUCAGAAAAUCAUUUUACACAAAAUUUUGUGUGAAUGUUUAACUUUUAAAUUGAUAUACAUGCAUAAAAUGUUUAUUGAAUGUCUUUAAUAGAAAUUGCUAAACAUUUUAACAGAAUUUAUAUUUUCUUACACAUUCUAUUUUUGUAUACGUAUAUAUUUUAUUCCAUUCAAUGUUUUGCUAAAAAUGGUAAAAAAGAACAGAUUUUGGAUGAAUGUUAUGAUAUUGUACAACAGUCAUGUGUCUGUUAGCCUGUUUGCCAGAUCCCCAGUUAUCUGUGUAGCAGAGGCUGCUACAGGGGAUAGUUGUUCAAGCAUGAUUUGCACAAGGUUGUACCUCAUUCAGCUCAUGGUUUAUUCCAAUGGGUAAGUCUUACAGGCCAAGCCUGUAUGUGCAGGAUAAUUAUGGCCUCGUGAUUCAAUGACUAAGCGGCCGUGUAGAUGACAUUGGCAUUGGCCAAGUAGGUGUUUGUUGGGGAUAUUUGUGUUUGGUGCUAUCCUGUAUCUUCUUUUCAUCAAAUGAUUACCUGUGUUUGUCACUUGUCUCAUUUUUAAUUGAUACAUGCUCAAUUUAAAACACCAUGACUGCACCAUCCCAUUGUACGCGAGUUAUUAGAUAAAAUAUUGGUAAAAUGAUUUACAUGUAUGCACCAGAUGUCUGUUUUGGCUGAUCUGGAUUUUACUGUUGGCUCUUUGACUUAGAAGUUGAUCUCACCCAACUAGCAUAUUUCCUGUCCACUUGAACAAAGGUUUUAUCCGGUGUGUUUAAAAUGCUGAAAAAAUUUUUAAAAACCAAAAAAAAAAGAAGUGCAGUUGCUGACAGUUUUAUAACACUGUGACAACUUUUUUCAAAAUGUUAUCCAAAGCCUCUUGUUUUAGAGCCAGGAGAAAACAGCUGAAGUGUAUACAAUGGUAGAAUGGUUUUAAUGAUAGUUUCUCACUUGUACCUCUCAGAAAGAGAUGGAAUCUUUCAAUUUGUCUUGUUCACAUGAAGCGCAGGAAUGGUGUGAGAGUGGAAAAUACAAAGAGAAAUAUGCAAAUAACAAUGCAAAACCUAGCAAAUAUUUGGUAUGAAUAAUAAAUUAAUAUACAUGUUCACUUUAAUCAGAUAUGUUUUUUUGUGAUAUUCAAACUGUAAUAGUUUUUAUUCAUAUCUUUUUUUGUUUGUCCUUGUAUCCUGUGAGCAUUGUCUUUAUAAUUCUGGCAUUGGUUAUUAAACUUUUUGCAAUGCCAACAUCCAGAUAACACUGAUAGAACUUUUGUUUGGAGUGUCUAUGCUGUAGAAAUAGGUAAUUUUGGAACAAAAAUAUACCCACAUGAUAAGUCUAUUCUAGUAUAUUUGUUUGCGACAAACAUUGUCUGUCAAAAUAAAAUGAUUCCCUUGUAA